UGUAAUGUACCUUUUCCAAUCCCGGGCUGUAUAUGGAGAUUUGGGAUUCUUUAAACCGGCGCUACCUGGAUUUUAUUAAAAAGCGGGGAGCUCGGCGGGAGGAAAGCUGGCUUUUCCGGGGGCUGCGGGAGCCGGGCCGCGGGAGGGCGGAGGAGUUGGCGCGCCGAGCGCUCGGCCCGGGGAGCGGUUUUCUACCAAAAAAAGGAAAGGCGGGCAAAAAGUGUGAGGCGGCUGCGGGUGGCGGAGGGGAGCGGCGGCCGCGGGAUGGCAGGCAGCACGGGCGCCUAGCUGCGCCGGGAGCCGGGGCCGCCGCCGGAGUCGUUGUCGCCGGAGCCCGGAGCCGUGAAUCCAGCCGCGCCAGACGCCGUGUGCGCCGCGUCGCGCAGCUCCGCCUGGCCGCCCGGAGGGGCCCCACCGCCGGCCGCCUGUGCGCCCCGGGCCGCGGGCCCGCAGCUGAGCGCAAGCCCCGCUGGCCGCCGCCAUGCACGCCGCGGAGCCCCCGCCGCCCGAGGACUCUGGGACUACGCCGAGGCCGGACUUUUAGGUCCCACUGAGCUAGGCCUGCGGGCCGGGCGGGGGGCUGGCCGCGGCACUCCCGCGGAGGAUGGAUGGCCGAGACUUCGGGCCCCAGCGGUCCGUGCACGGUCCCCCGCCGCCGCUGCUGUCCGGCUUGGCCAUGGACAGCCACCGCGUGGGCGCGGCCACUGCCGGACGCUUGCCCGCCUCGGGCUUGCCCGGCCCGCUGCCGCCGGGAAAGUACAUGGCUGGCCUGAAUCUCCAUCCGCACCCGGGCGAGGCCUUCUUGGGCAGUUUUGUGGCCAGCGGGAUGGGGCCCUCGGCCUCAUCCCAUGGGAGCCCGGUGCCACUGCCCUCUGACCUCUCCUUCCGCUCCCCAACCCCUAGCAACCUGCCCAUGGUGCAGCUGUGGGCCGCCCAUGCCCAUGAAGGCUUCUCCCACCUGCCCAGCGGGCUGUACCCAUCCUACCUCCACCUGAGCCACCUGGAGCCCCCCAGCAGUGGGAGCCCCCUCCUCAGCCAGCUGGGUCAGCCCAGCAUUUUCGAUACCCAGAAAGGUCAGGGGCCAGGAGGAGACGGCUUCUACCUGCCCACCGCGGGGCCUCCCGGCGCCCUGCACUCUCACGCCCCCUCGGCCCGGACCCCUGGCGGCGGCCACUCCUCGGGCCCCCCUGCGAAAGGCUCGUCGUCGCGGGACGGUCCAGCCAAGGAGCGGGCGGGCCGCGGCGGGGAGCCGCCUCUGCUGUUCGGCAAGAAGGACCCGCGCGCCCGGGGCGAGGAGGCCUCGGGGCCACGCGGCGUGGUGGACCUGACCCAGGAGGCGCGUGCGGAGGGCCGCCAGGACCGGGGGCCCCCGCGCCUGGCUGAGCGCCUGUCGCCCUUCCUGACUGAGUCCAAGACCAAGAACGCGGCACUGCAGCCGUCGGUACUAACCAUGUGCAACGGCGGCGCCGGGGACGCGGGGCUGCCCGCGCUGGUGGCCGAAGCGGGGCGCGGGGGUGCCAAGGAGGCCGCCCGGCAGGACGAGGGCACGCGGCUGCUGCGGCGCACGGAGACCCUGCUGCCCGGGCCGCGCCCCUGCCCCUCACCACUGCCCCCGCCGCCUGCGCCCCCCAAGGGGCCUCCCGCACCCCCGGCGGCUACUCCCACCGGUGUCUACACCGUCUUCCGCGAGCAGGGCCGUGAGCACCGCGUGGUGGCGCCCACCUUCGUGCCUUCCGUGGAGGUCUUCGACGAGCGCCCCGGGCCCAUACAGAUCGCAUCCCAGGCGCGUGAUGCCCGGGCCCGCGAGCGUGAGGCUGGUAGACCGGGGGUCCUGCAGGCGCCCCCCGGCUCCCCGCGGCCUCUGGACCGGCCCGAGGGCCUGCGUGAGAAGAACUCGGUCAUCCGCUCGCUCAAGCGGCCGUCCCCUGCGGAUGCCCCCACGGUGCGGGCUGCACGCGCCUCCCCGGACCCCCGCGCCUACCUGCCUGCCAAGGAGCUGCUCAAGCCCGAGGGGGACCCGAGGCCCUGCGAGCGUGCGUCCCGCGGCCCAGCCGGUCCUGCAGCCCAACAGGCCGCCAAGCUCUUCGGCCUGGAGCCCGGGCGCCCCCCGCCCACUGGCCCUGAGCACAAAUGGAAACCCUUCGAGCUGGGCAACUUCGCCACCACGCAGAUGGCCGUGCUGGCUGCGCAGCACCACCACAGCCGCGCCGAAGAGGAGGCCGCCGUGGUCGCUGCCUCGUCCUCGAAGAAGGCCUACCUGGACCCUGGGGCUGUGCUGCCCCGCUCAGCGGCCACCUGCGGCCGGCCCAUCGCCGACAUGCACUCUGCAGCCCACGGGCCUGGGGAGGCUUCUGCCAUGCAGAGCCUUAUAAAGUACAGUGGCAGUUUCGCCCGGGAGGCUGUGGCCGUGCGCCCUGGUGGCUGUGGCAAGAAGAGCCCUUUUGGAGGUUUGGGCACCAUGAAACCCGAGCCUGCGCCCACCUCUGCUGGUGCCCCCCGAGCCCAGGCCCGACUCCCACACUCCGGAGGCCCUGUAGCGGGUGGCAGCCGGCAGCUGAAGCGAGACCCGGAGAGGCCCGAGAGCGCCAAGGCUUUUGGGCGCGAGGGCUCCGGUGCCCAGGGUGAGGCAGAAGUGCGACACCCGCCCGUGGGCAUUGCAGUGGCUGUGGCCCGGCAGAAGGACAGUGGUGGCAGUGGCCGGCUGGGGCCUGGGCUGGCAGACCAGGACCGAUCUCUGUCGCUGAGUAAUGUCAAAGGACACGGCCGAGCAGAUGAGGACUGUGUGGACGACCGGGCCAGACACCGGGAGGAACGGCUGCUCGGGGCGCGGCUGGACCGGGAUCAGGAGAAGCUGCUCAGAGAGAGUAAGGAGCUGGCUGACCUGGCCCGCCUGCACCCUACCAGCUGUGCUCCUAACGGCCUGAACCCCAACCUCAUGGUGACGGGGGGCCCGGCGCUGGCGGGCUCGGGUCGCUGGUCUGCCGACCCCGCAGCCCAUCUGGCCACGCACCCCUGGUUGCCCCGCUCGGGCAGCACAUCCAUGUGGCUCGCCGGACACCCCUACGGCUUGGGCCCCCCAUCUCUGCACCAGGGCAUGGCCCCUGCGUUCCCACCUGGCCUUGGAGGCUCCCUGCCAUCGGCCUACCAGUUUGUCCGGGACCCCCAGUCGGGCCAGCUGGUGGUCAUUCCCAGCGAUCACCUGCCUCACUUUGCGGAGCUGAUGGAGCGGGCCACCGUGCCACCCCUCUGGCCUGCCCUGUACCCGCCAGGCCGCAGCCCUCUGCACCAUGCACAGCAGCUGCAGCUCUUCUCGCAGCAGCACUUCCUGCGGCAGCAGGAGUUCCUGUACCUGCAGCAGCAGGCGGCCCAGGCCUUGGAACUGCAGAGGAGCGCCCAGCUGGUGCAGGAGCGGUUGAAGGCGCAGGAGCACCGGGCGGAGAUGGAAGAGAAGGGGAGCAAGCGGGGCUUGGAGGCUGCGGGCAAGGCUGGCCUGGCCACUGCUGGCCCCGGGCUGCUGCCGCGGAAGCCCCCCGGCCUGGCCGCCGGCCCCGCGGGCACCUAUGGCAAGGCUGUGAGCCCACCACCAUCACCCCGCGCAUCCCCUGUGGCUGCCCUGAAGGCCAAGGUCAUCCAGAAGCUGGAGGACGUGUCCAAGCCACCCGCCUAUGCCUACCCUGCCACCCCCAGCUCCCACCCCACCAGCCCGCCGCCGGCCUCCCCGCCACCCACCCCAGGUAUCACCCGCAAGGAGGAGGCUCCCGAGAAUGUGGUCGAGAAGAAAGACUUGGAGUUGGAGAAGGAAGCCCCCAGCCCCUUCCAGGCCCUUUUCUCAGAUAUCCCGCCCAGGUACCCGUUCCAAGCCCUGCCACCACACUACGGGAGGCCCUACCCUUUCCUGCUGCAGCCCACGGCAGCCGCCGACGCGGAUGGCCUGGCCCCCGAUGUGCCACUCCCGGCUGAUGGGCCUGAGCGCCUGGCACUCUCACCCGAAGACAAGCCCAUCCGCUUGUCGCCCUCCAAGAUCACAGAGCCGCUGCGGGAGGGCCCGGAGAAAGAACCGCUGACUGAGCGGGAGGUGAAGGCAGAGGUGGAGGACAUGGAUGAGGGCCCCACAGAGCUGCCGCCUCUGGAGUCGCCACUGCCACUGCCCGCCGCGGAAGCCAUGGCUACCCCCAGCCCUACAGGGGGUUGUGGAGGUGGCCUGUUGGAGGCCCAGGCGCUGAGUGCCACCGGGCAGAGCUGCGCAGAGCCCUCCGAGUGCCCAGACUUUGUGGAGGGGCCUGAACCACGGGUGGAUUCCCCGGGCCGGACAGAACCCUGCACUGCCGCCCUGGACCUGGGGGUGCAGCUGACACCCGAGACACUGGUGGAGGCCAAGGAGGAGCCAGUGGAGGUGCCUGUGGCGGUGCCCGUGGUGGAGGCAGUGUCCGAGGAAGGCCUGGCGCAGGUGGCGCCAAGCGAGUCCCAGCCCACCCUAGAAAUGUCAGACUGUGACGUGCCCGCCGGGGAGGGACAGUGCCCGAGCCUGGAGCCCCAAGAGGCUGUGCCUGUGCCUGGCAGCACCUGCUACCUGGAAGAGGCAAGCUCUGACCAGUUUCUGCCCAGUCUAGAGGACCCACUGGCUGGCAUGAACGCCCUGGCUGCAGCUGCGGAGCUGCCCCAGGCCAGGCCUCUGCCCUCCCCGGGUGCUGCUGGAGCCCAGGCCUUGGAGAAGCUGGAAGCAGCCGAGAGCCUUGUCUUGGAGCAGAGCUUCCUUCAUGGCAUCACCCUGCUGAGUGAGAUCGCAGAGCUGGAGCUGGAGAGGAGGAGCCAGGAGAUAGGUUUGGAGCGGGCCCUGGUGGCCCGGCCCUCACUGGAGAGUCUGCUGGCAGCGGGCAGCCACAUGCUGAGGGAGGUGCUGGAUGGGCCUGUAGUGGACCCGCUCAAGAACCUGCGGCUCCCGCGGGAGCUGAAGCCCAACAAGAAGUACAGCUGGAUGCGCAAGAAGGAGGAGCGGAUGUACGCCAUGAAGUCUUCCCUGGAGGACAUGGAUGCCCUGGAGCUGGACUUCCGGAUGCGGCUGGCCGAGGUCCAGCGCCAGUACAAGGAGAAGCAGCGUGAGCUGGUGAAGCUGCAGCGCCGCCGGGACUCCGAGGACAGGCGCGAGGAACCCCAUAGAAGCUUGGCACGCAGAGGCCCUGGCAGGCCGCGGAAACGGACCCACGCCCCGAGCGCCCUGUCGCCCCCCCGCAAGAGAGGGAAGAGCGGCCACAGUAGCGGAAAGCUGAGCAGCAAGUCUCUGCUGACAUCAGAUGACUAUGAGCUGGGAGCAGGGAUAAGAAAGAGACAUAAGGGGUCUGAGGAGGAACACGAUGCCCUCGUCGGAAUGGGGAAAGCCAGGGGGAGGAACCAGACUUGGGAUGAACAUGAGGCCUCAUCCGACUUCAUUAGUCAGCUAAAGAUUAAGAAGAAGAAGAUGGCCAGCGACCAGGAGCAGCUGGCAAGCAAGCUCGAUAAGGCCCUCUCCCUCACGAAGCAGGACAAGUUGAAGUCGCCCUUCAAGUUUUCGGACAGUGCUGGGGGGAAAUCGAAAACUGGCGGGGGCUGCGGCAGGUACUUGACUCCUUACGACAGCCUGCUGGGGAAGGACAGGAAGGCGCUGGCCAAGGGCCUCGGCCUGUCUCUGAAAUCCUCCAGAGAAGGUAAACACAAAAAGGCCGCCAAAGCCAGGAAGAUGGAGGUGGGGUUCAAGGCCAGAGGCCAGCCCAAGUCAGCCCAUUCCCCGUUCGCCUCGGAAGUGAGCAGCUACUCUUACAAUACGGACUCAGAGGAAGACGAAGAAUUCCUGAAGGACGAGUGGCCCGCCCAAGGCCCCUCCAGCUCCAAACUGACGCCUUCUCUCCUGUGUGGCAUGGUGGCAAAGAACAGCAAGGCGGCUGGCGGCCCCAAGCUGACCAAGAGGGGCCUGGUGGCCCCCCGGACUCUGAAACCCAAGCCGGCCACCAGCAGGAAGCAGCCGUUUUGUUUGCUGCUUCGAGAGGCCGAGGCGCGUUCCUCCUUCAGCGACUCCUCGGAGGAAUCGUUUGACCAAGAUGAGAGCUCGGAGGAGGAGGACGAGGAAGAGGAGCUUGAGGAGGACGAGGCCAGCGGCAGCAGCUAUAGGCUGGGUGCCCGGGAGCGGGCCCUGUCGCCGGGCCUGGAGGAGAGUGGGCUGGGCCUGCUGGCACGCUUCGCCGCCAGCGCCCUCCCCAGCCCCACGGUGGGCCCGUCCCUGUCUGUGGUACAGCUGGAGGCCAAGCAGAAGGCCCGGAAGAAAGAGGAGCGGCAGAGCCUGCUUGGAACAGAGUUCGAGUACACCGACUCGGAAAGCGAGGUCAAGGUGCGCAAGCGGUCGCCUGCGGGGCUGCUGCGGCCCAAGAAGGGACUGGGGGAACCAGGACCCUCCCUAGCCGCACCCACGCCUGGCGCCCGCGGCCCCGGCCCCAGCAGCCCGGACAAGGCCAAGCUGGCGGUGGAGAAGGGGCGCAAGGCCCGGAAGCUGCGGGGUCCCAAGGAGCCUGGCUUCGAGGCGGGGCCCGAGGCCAGCGACGACGACCUGUGGACGCGGCGCCGCAGCGAGCGCAUCUUCCUGCACGACGCCUCAGCUGCUGCACCUGCGCCCACCAGCACCGCGCCCGCCACCAAGGCCAGCCGCUGCGCCAAGGGCGGCCCCCUGAGCCCGCGCAAGGACGCCGGGCGUGCAAAGGACAGGAAGGACCCCAGGAAGAAGAAGAAAGGGAAAGAGGCUGGGCCAGGAGCUGGGCUGCCGCCGCCCCGAGCUCCUGCCUUGCCCUCUGAGGCUAGGGCUCCUCACGCCAGCUCCCUGACCGCUGCCAAGAGGAGCAAGGCCAAGGCCAAAGGGAAGGAGGUGAAGAAGGAGAACCGCGGCAAGGGGGGCGCCGUGAGCAAGCUGAUGGAGAGCAUGGCGGCCGAGGAGGACUUUGAACCCAACCAGGACUCGAGCUUCUCGGAGGACGAGCACCUACCGCGUGGUGGGGCCGUGGAGCGGCCGCUGACCCCGGCCCCACAGGCCCACCCGGCACCAGGGCCUCCAAUCCAAGGGGAUGACUUGGGGGUGACGGGAGGAAGGAGAGGCGUCGCAGACGCCCCGGCUCCAGCCUUGCCUCACGGUCCGACCCCUGCAGCCCCUCGCUCCUGCAUCAUCGACAAGGACGAGCUGAAGGACGGCCUGCGUGUGCUCAUCCCCAUGGACGACAAGCUGCUAUAUGCCGGCCACGUGCAGACCGUGCACUCGCCAGACAUAUACCGCGUGGUGGUAGAGGGUGAGCGCGGAAACCGGCCUCACAUCUACUGUCUGGAGCAGCUGCUGCAGGAGGCGAUCAUUGAUGUGAGGCCAGCCUCCACUCGCUUCUUGCCACAAGGGACCAGGAUUGCAGCUUACUGGAGCCAGCAGUACCGCUGCCUCUACCCAGGCACCGUGGUCCGAGGGUUACUGGACCUGGAAGACGAUGGGGACUUGAUCACCGUGGAGUUUGAUGACGGAGACACUGGCAGGAUCCCCCUCUCACACAUCCGCCUCCUGCCCCCCGACUAUAAGAUCCAAUGUGCUGAGCCAUCCCCAGCCCUCCUGGUGCCGAGUGCCAAGCGCCGUAGCCGGAAGACCAGCAAAGACACUGGGGAGGGCAAAGACGGUGGUACGACUGGGUCGGAGGAGCCAGGAGCCAAGGCCCGUGGGCGUGGGCGGAAACCCAGCGCCAAGGCCAAGGGUGACAGAGCUGCUACCCUGGAGGAGGGGAGCCCAACAGAUGAGGUCCCCAGUACCCCCUUAGCCCUGGAGCCAAGCAGCACCCCAGGUUCCAAGAAGAGUCCCCCAGAGCCUGUGGACAAGAGAGCCAAGACCUCCAAAGCGCGCCCAGCACCACCACAGCCCAGCCCCGCACCACCUGCCUUCACCAGCUGCCCAGCACCAGAACCCUUUGGGGAGCUACCAGCCCCUGCCUCCACCCUGGCCGCAGCACCCCUCAUCACCAUGCCCGCCACACGCCCCAAGCCCAAGAAGGCACGGGCAGCUGAGGAGUCAGGUGCCAAGGGCCCGAGGAGGCCGGGGGAGGAGGCCGAGCUGCUUGUCAAACUGGACCACGAGGGUGUCACGUCACCCAAAAGCAAGAAGGCUAAAGAGGCCCUGCUGCUCCGGGAGGACCCAGGGGCCGGGGGCUGGCAGGAGCCCAAGAGCCUCCUGAGCCUGGGCAGCUACCCCCAGGCGGCCGGCAGCAGUGAGCCCAAGGCACCCUGGCCCAAGGCCACGGACGGGGACCUCGCCCAGGAGCCCGGGCCGGGGCUCACGUUCGAGGACUCUGGGAACCCCAAGAGCCCAGACAAGGCCCAGGCUGAGCAGGACGGGGCAGAAGAGUCGGAGAGCAGCAGCAGCAGUAGUGGCAGCAGUAGCAGCAGCAGCAGCGGCUCUGAGACGGAAGGGGAGGAGGAAGGCGACAAGAAUGGGGACGGGGGCUGCGGCGCCGGGGGCCGUAACUGCAGCGCUGCCAGCUCCAGGGCAGCCUCACCGGCCUCCUCCUCGUCCUCCUCUUCCUCCUCCUCUUCGUCUUCCUCCUCCUCGUCCUCCUCUUCCUCCUCCUCCUCUUCCUCAUCCUCCUCCUCCUCUUCCUCUUCAUCAUCCUCCUCUUCCUCCUCCUCCUCCUCUUCCUCGUCCUCCUCCUCCUCCUCCUCCUCCUCCUCUUCCUCUUCCUCCACCACAGACGAGGACUCUUCCUGCAGCUCAGACGAUGAGGCAGCCCCCGCUCCCACGGCUGGUCCUUCUGCACAGCCGGCGCUCCCCACCAAGGCCACCAAGCAGGCCGGCAAGGCGCGGCCCUCAGCCCACUCCCCAGGCAAGAAGGCGCCUGGGCCCCAGCCCCAGGCGCCUCCUCCGCAGCCCGCACAGCCUCUGCAGCCCAAGGCUCAGGCUGGGGCCAAGAGCCGACCGAAGAAGAGAGAGGGCGUCCAUCUCCCCACCACCAAGGAGCUGGCCAAGCGGCAGCGCCUGCCGUCCGUGGAGAACCGGCCCAAGAUCGCUGCCUUCCUGCCAGCCCGGCAGCUCUGGAAGUGGUUCGGCAAGCCCACCCAGCGGCGUGGCAUGAAAGGCAAGGCCCGCAAGCUCUUCUACAAGGCCAUCGUGCGUGGCAAGGAGAUGAUCCGCAUUGGGGACUGCGCCGUGUUCCUCUCCGCCGGCCGUCCCAACCUGCCCUACAUUGGCCGCAUCCAGAGCAUGUGGGAGUCGUGGGGCAACAACAUGGUGGUCCGCGUCAAGUGGUUCUACCACCCCGAGGAGACCAGCCCGGGCAAGCAGUUCCACCAGGGCCAGCACUGGGACCAGAAGUCCAGCCGCAGCCUCCCGGCGGCCCUGCGGGUCUCCAGCCAGAGGAAGGACUUCAUGGAGCGCGCGCUGUACCAGUCCUCACAUGUGGACGAGAAUGACGUGCAGACGGUGUCACACAAGUGCCUGGUGGUGGGCCUAGAGCAGUACGAGCAGAUGCUGAAGACCAAGAAGUACCAGGACAGCGAGGGCCUGUACUACCUCGCGGGCACCUACGAGCCCACCACGGGCAUGAUCUUCUCCACGGACGGCGUGCCCGUGCUCUGCUGAGCCCACCGGGCCCCACGGGCCACUGGCCACCUGUGCCCCGAGGGCGGCCAGGGACCCCCUCCAUCACUGCCACGGCGCGGGGACCACGUGCGUUGUGUGCAUGCGAGCGCUCCUGCAGGCAUGUGCAUGGGGCCAGGUGUGCACGUUGACGCCCGGGCGAGCGUGUGUGUGCAUGUGUGUGCACACACGUGCAUACGCCUCCAGCCCCACCUUCCAACCCCUCAGUGCCCCUAGGACAGGGGCCCCUCUUAGCUAUCAGGGUAUGGCCCUGCCGUCCCCCUCAGGGCAGCCUCGGCCGGGACCGGCCCUUCCUGCCCAGCACGUUGCAAGCACUUGGCCAGGCCGGCCCUCCAGGCUGCUGCUGCGUGGGGGCCCGGGUGCCCCCAGGCCCAUGUAGACUGGGGAUUCUGGUGGGGAGGGGGGCUUCUAAGGAACCAAACUGACAUUCACUCUGGGCUUCCCGGGCACCCUUAGCACGGAGCCCACCCCAAGGCCUCCCACUGUGCAUGGGACGGGGUGGCCCGAUGCCAGCCGGCCUCCUUGACCGUGCCAGGGGCCCUGCCCCCACCCUCUCAGGAUGGCCUGGACUUGGGGAACAGAGCUGGGUGGGGUUGCAGCCCGGAGCAUCAAAGGCACCAGGUGGCGAGAGCCUGGCAAAGGCCCACCCUGGUCCAAACCCUCACACUACAGAAAACCCCAAUGGUGCUGAAACCCUUGCCCGGCCACGCCCGGCCCCUCCCCACCCAGGAGGGAGGUGGCACUUCUUAACCUGUACAGUUUUAUUGUACCAAGAGACUCGCCCCGCCCCUGUAUCAUACACCUUUAAAUGGAGUCAACUUUUUAAUUAUAUAUAUAAAGAUAAAUAUAUAUAAAUAUAUAUAUAAACUUUUUAAAACUGUGAAAAAUAGCUAUGAAAUUAUAAAAAAAAAAAAAACGAACACAUUCUGACGUGCAGAAUAUUAUUUUUUAUUUCCUGUUAGAUUGUAGUGUCUAGCACCGGCUUCACCGGCCUCCCGGUCCCCAGCACACCCCCCACCCACCCACCCCGCCAAGUGUACUGUACUCGCCCCCCAGGAUAGAGAAAAGAAGGAGAGGAGAGGGAGAGAGGCAGGAGCCGGCCCGAGCCCAGGGUCCCUGCUUGGGCCGCAGAAAGCACUUAACCAGGCCCCAAGCCUUCCAGGGAAACCAAGGCCUUGACCAGACAAUCUUGAGGGAAGGAAAAGCCAGACUUUGGGUUUGUUUUUUGGGGGAAUUGUUUUUUUUUUAAGUUUCUUUUGGAAUUUUGUUUGUUGGCAAAUUCUGUGUGAUCUUUUUUCAUAAGAAAAAAAAAAGAUUUAAUUGGAAAAAUAAAA